UAUUCAAUUUUAUUGAAAUCUAAAUUUUACCUCAUCAUUAAACAAUGUCCAAAUCCAACGUAAAAUAAUGCAACUAUUCGCUAUGCCGGAAAACAUACAAGAACAUUUCAAACCUUCGACUUACAUCCCUUUCAAAACCUUACUACGGGAGAAAUUUAAACGCUUUGUGCCGCAUCACAAGGACGACAAGGAUUAUCAACAAUCUUCGUCGAGGCGGAGCCGCAUGGAAAAGGUUUUUCCGGAAAUUGGAGCAGCCUUCAUCGCCGGACAUGUGGUCGGUGGAACAUUCGGAUUUAUGGAAGGUGUAAUAGUGACAUCGAACUGUUCGAGGUUGAUCCGACGUACACAAAUAUUCAACCAUGCUCUGAAGCGAGGAAAGUACGCGUCAAGUUCGCUGGGAUCCAUGGCUAUGAUGUAUUGCACUCUGGGAGUUCUGAUUCAACUUUUUUGCAGUGGGAAAAAUGACUUUUGGAACUGUGCGGCCGCAGGAGGAACUACUGGUUUGCUCUUCCGAGCAUCUGCUGGGAUGAAAAAAAUCUUAAGCGGUGGUUUAUUCGGCUUAACGUUUGGAUCAUUGCAUGGCUUGAUGAGCACAUACAGACAUUAG